CCUGAUUGUAUCACUGGCGACAUCGUAUUUGUUCUGCAACAAAAGGACCACUCUAAGUUCAAAAGAAAGGGCGACGAUCUCUUUGUGGAGCACACACUCUCCCUAACCGAAGCUCUUUGUGGCUUCCAGUUCAUAUUAACCCAUCUCGAUGGCCGGCAGCUUCUCAUCAAAUCAAACCCCGGCGAAGUCGUCAAGCCUGACCAAUUCAAGGCCAUCAACGACGAGGGCAUGCCGAUGUACCAGAGGCCGUUCAUGAGGGGCAAGAUUUACAUCCAUUUCACCGUCGAGUUCCCUGAUUCUCUGAGUCCGGAUCAGUGCAAGGCUCUCGAGGCAAUCCUUCCCUCACGUGCUCGAACUCUGCUGACGGACAUGGAGCUCGACGAGUGCGAGGAGACAACCUUGCACGACGUGAACAUCGAGGAGGAGAUGAGGAGGAAGCAGCAGAGCCAAGCUCAGGAGGCCUACGAUGAGGAUGAAGACAUGCCGGGCGGUGCUCAGAGAGUGCAGUGUGCUCAGCAGUAAGGUAUAUACUUAUAUUAUACCAGUAAAAGUGUUAUCAGCUGUGCUGAACCUUAUCAAACGUAUGGUUCUCUGUUAUCUUAUUACAAGUCUGAUACUAGCAUAAAACUGGAUUGUUUGCAUGGCUUAGGUGACUGGUUAUAUGAGAUCUUUUGCUCAUCAAGAAAAUAUUUGAAUUUUAUUCGGCCUGAAA